GGUCGUCGCCAUCUUGGAAGAGAAAUCUUCAAGUUUCGAGACGGAAGAGGUAGAAGAUCUUCCAGAAGCAGAAGAGCUUCAAAUCGAGUGACCGGAAGAUAUAUUCUAGAAGGAGAAGAGUGCAAAUCGAGUGGGGCUCCGACGGGUCUAAAGAUCAUCUGGCAUGAUUUACAACUUUGCACUGUAAUACAGGAUCAAAGAUCAUACCAGUAUUGCAUCGUCAUGUCAGCUGAAGACAAAUUUCCGGAAACAAUAUAUGACGUUAAAACUCCGUCUUUUCUCUUGGAUAUUGACGUCAUGAAAAGAAAUGUAGCGAGAAUGAAGGAGAACUGUGAUCGCCUUGGUGUCAAACUUAGACCGCAUAUGAAGACCCACAAAACAGUAGAGCUGGCGGAGAUGAUGACGGACGGUACCAAGAAGUGUUUGGUUGUUUCCACUCUGGACGAGGCCGAGUUUUACGCCAGUCACGGGUUUGACGACAUUCUGUAUGCUUAUCCAAUAACACAACAAAAACUGGACAGAUGUCGAAGACUCGCAGAAAAGCUAGAACACUUUCAUAUUAUGGUCGAAAGUCCUGAAAGUAUGGAAGCCUUGAAGACCACACCAAGGGGGAAUGACAAUCGGUGGUCCGUGUUUCUGGAGAUUGACCUUGGUCUGGGACGAACUGGAGUUGAAUGGGACUCGGAUAUGGCCUUGACCCUGGCUAGAGAGGCCACGAAUUGUCCCGGUGUUGACUUCAGAGGCUUGUAUGUACACAGUGGGGACUCCUAUGGAGCCCAUGGCCCCGACCAAAUCCGACAGUCUGGCAAGAAGAACACCGAUAAGUUGCUGCAGCUAAAAGUCAGGCUUGCUGAGGCCGGGGUGACCUGUGCCACCCUGUGUAUGGGUUCGACUCCAGGCUGUUCACAUCCUGAUGAUAGCAUGGCACAACUAGACGCCUUCUCGCCCGGAAACUACAUUUUCUUUGACGCCAUGCAGAAAAGGAUAGGGACGUGCGAGGAGAAAGAUAUCGCGUGCAGAGUCGUCUGUCGUGUCAUCAGUCACAAAAGGAGCCUCAACAAAAUGACAGUGGACGCGGGAUUUCUGGCGAUAAGUCAUGACGGAAUGGAGCUAGGAUUGCCAGAGGGACCCGUGGUGUUCCAGGACCACCCGGAACUUAAGCUUUUGGGCAUGUGCCAAGAGUUAGGUAGUGUCGGCACUCAAGGUGAACCACUGGAUUUUUCAAAAUAUCCAAUCGACUCCUUGCUCUUUGUCUACCCGAAUCAUUCAUGCGCUACAGCAGCUCUGUAUGAGAACUACUACGUACAUUCCGGGGAGAAAAUCGUCGGGAUCUGGAGGCCGACUAGAGGCUGGUAGUUUGGAGAAAUGAUUAUGAGACUUUACCCGUUUCGGAACUAAUUCAGAAAUACUGGCAACAAGGCGAAGUUAUUAAAAUGUGCGAUAAUUGACAUCUUUUAUUUUUGAUUUUACAUUUGUUAUCUGAUAUGGUAUAUUUGUAAUUCAUGUAAGAAUGAUCUGCCUUGAUGAUAAACGCUAUUGUGAGUUUUGAAGUUAGUGUUGAGCAUUCCCAGUCUAGAUGUAUUCUAUCUAACACACUCUAUCUGUACUUGAUAAUUAUUAUUGUUUGGCGAUUUUCCGAGGAAGGAAGGAAGGAAGGAAGGAAGGAAGGACAUUUCUGAUAACUCUAUUUCGUUUAUUUUACAUUAAUAUAUUAUAGUCUUUCACAGAUAUUUGGUCAUUUUGGCGAUACUGAUGGAAUUCAGCAACAUAAAUUGUUCCCAUCAUCGUCUAUUUCAAUAGUAUUCCGGCUUCCUAGGUUCACCUUUGACGUUCUAGUUUUGUCGAGGUCGGCAAACAUGACAUAAUUUGCAGUUCCUAGGACAUUGGCGACGUUGUCUAGUAGAGAAUAUCUAGUUUCCUGUAGUUUACAGCAAUGGAUAAUACGAUGAGUUAUUACGUUACUGCCACGCUGUCCACAAAAUUUACAUUGUUUUCCGAUGAAGAUAUUUUCUACCUUACAUAUCUUACCUGUUAAGAGGUUUUAUUUUAUGACGUAAACUGUUGACCUUUGAUAGUAUGGGGACUUAGAUAGUACUUCUGAAAUUAUACCGAACAGUUAUAUUGGAGAUACCAGGGCUGAUUGAUAUGUUGUGAGCCUCAUAUUGAAGGAUUUGAAUUUUGCCUGAAAUAUUGUACAUUUAUUAUUUUUCAACAUAAUCUCCUUCAGUAUUUAUACACUUUUGCCAGCGAUGUUUAAGGGGCUCAAUACCACUUUUAUAGAACUCCUUUUCUUGGCUGUUCGGAUAUUCAUCCACUGCAUGUAUGACGUCAUCAUCGGACUGAAAGUGGGCGCCUGAAAUAUCUUUCAUCAAUUUUGUCCAUUUUGCAAAAGCAGUCUGUCUUGUUUACUUUUGAGUGCUACCUCGUCGAUAUAAACUAACCAAAUGAGACCAGUCCUUGGGUACACAGACCUAUAGAAUCAGAGAAUAGUAGGUAUUAAAGAACAUCCAUGAGGACCUCCUUAAACGAGGCUCACAACAUAUCACUCAUCCCUCGUACAUAAGCUGCGACAAUGCAUUUGGCUGAGAGAAAAGUUACCUCCCUUUGAUUUAUGCUACGUUAGAUUUGUGGAUAUGUAUGGCCUUACAGCUAAUCUAACCAAGUGAAGGAUGCAUGGAACAUUAAUACCAAUGGUAAGUUUUUAUGGGUGUGUGCUGCGGGUUCAUUGUUCAUUUAACAGUAAAGAAAUGAUGGUAUACUUGACACAUCGUUCCUCCUCUGAUUCGUGUAAAUUGUUAUCAAUGUCGAGGGUGCUAUUUACAGUUACCUAUUAAAAUUCAAUACGAUCAGUG